AUGGCGUCCCUUCCACAGCUGUCGCAUACGAAUCACCGUGAGGGGAACAAGAGGGUAGGUAUCAUUCGGCUGUGGCUGCGUACAGUAGAAGAGGGCAACGUAUGGCAGUGCGAUGGGCAGGUGGGCUCAGCUUCUCCGGUUAUAUUCAAGGCCACCCUCCCCUCACCUGCCUACCAAGGGCCCACUACGUCGCACCCCUCCGGGGCUGCAGAUGCUGCUGUGGCAUCGGGCUGGUUCGGCUGCACGCAUUCCCCUCCCUUGUCUCCGAAGCGUAGACACACCGCGGCUCGACGAUUCCGCGGGCGCAGGAUCAAGACGGCACCAUCCCUGCAAGGGGGAUAA